AAUGGCGACGUCACCGAGCACGUGAACAAGACAGUUGCACGAACGAACGUCCUCCAGCGAACCUCUCAGCUGAGAGCCAACCGGGAGAGAACUUGGCCAACGACAACCAGUAAUAGGCAACUUUAGUGACUAGAUAAAAGUGCAGUUGGACGCACGUCGUGGUGGAUUGUGUUGUGUGUGUGAGAGAGGAAUAAACCAUGAGUGCGAAACACAAAGAAAUCACGUACGACGAACUUUCCAAAAGCCUCCCGAACGUAACGGUCAUUGACGUUCGAAAUCGCAAUGAAAUGGAACAGUGUGGACAGAUUCCAGGGUCUCACUGCAUACCAGUGACAGAGAUCAAAUUAGCUUGCAGCCUAGACCCAGACUCAUUCAGAGCUAGAUUUGGCUUUCCAAAACCCAAUUUCGAAGAUGACGUCGUCGUCUGCUGCAGAACUGGCGUCAGGUCUAAGACUGCCUGCGAUUUAUUGGAGGCUAAAGGAUACAAAAGACACAGGUUAUACAGUGGCUCGUUCUCCGAGUGGGAGGAGAAGGGUGGAAACGUCGUCAAGCCCGGUCAGCCUUACUACUUCGACAGCGAUGACGAAGAGGAGAACCAGCGGGACCAGAGGAACCAAAGGAAAAACUCCAAUAUGAUGAUCCCAGGGGACCAGCAGUUCUCGGACUCAGAUAACGAAGAAGACAAUUGCCAGAAUUCUUCUUAAGAGCAGAGAUGUGUCGACUGUUUUGCAGUGUACUUCAUGCAUUUACCUCGCCCUCUUGUUGUUGGCUUUUCGGGUAUCGUCGUGGCCCACUGUGGUCCCCAAUAUCCAUCUCAGUUUCCGGCAGUGGUUGCGGAAGCUGUGUGCCAACUGAGUCUGGCAUUCGUUGAUUUAAAAAAAAAAACACACUUCUAAAAUUUUUUAUCAAAAUCAUUUAUAUAUAAAUAUUUGUAUGUGCCCUCAUAUACAUAUCUAUAUUUUCGAAAAAAAAAUGCUUUCCGCUCAUGUAAGUGAAGCCUGUGCGUCUAUUUCGUGUACAUGUUUGAAGAAUCGUGUUGUAUCCACUUAGUGACUUCAUCUACACAGGGUUUUAAGAUUUGUAACCGACAUUAUUUUCCCCCAUUACCUCAUGAAUCAUCGUGUAGAGAUAACAUUGUUGACAUAAUAUAUUUUGAUGACAUUUU